CCGUCGUCGUCGUCGUCGUCGUCGCCGCGGGGUCUCGCGUCACCGUCGCCGCGGCUUAUUAUACGGCCCGAGCCCGUGCGCGCACCAUCGUCGUCGCUGUCCUCGCUGUCGUCGCCACCGCUUACGUAAGUCGCGACUCGAGCCGCGUUUUUUUGACGCGAUACACGAUUAAUACGAUUAUAUACAUGUACAUACGUGGGGACGUCGCGGGAAUUUAAAGAUUUUAAGCGAAGACGUACAACGUCGAUCGCGAUUACGAAUAUUAGUUGAGAUCCGGCGCGCGAGUGCACGGGAGAGACUCGAGGAGGAGGAGAGGGAGAAGGAGGACUCUUGUUCGAAACGAUCAACGAGGGAUCGAAUGCCACUACCGUUUCACGAGGUCGUGCAGCCGUGGCAUGGUGACCGACGACGGUCCGCUUCUUAUGUCAACGCGACGCCGCCGCAGCGGAAGAGCGCCGUGGAGGCCGCCUAUGCAGCGCGUGCACGCGCGUGUAAACCGGGCCGCCGGAAUCAAUCGAUGAACGAGAGUCACGGACGCCGUGCGGACGAGUGCAGGACCCCGCAGGCAGAGGAUGCGAUCGCGCGCGCUUAAAUCGCCGCCGCGCGGACCUCGAGUGAUGAUACGUACGUAUCGAAUUUUGUAUCGCGCGCGCGCGCGCCCCGUGCCGUGCCGCUGGGGAAGUCGGAAGGUGCGAGCGGCUUCGAAGUUUCCCGCGCGACGAUAAAGCGCCAAUUCGUUGAUCCUACGGACGCGUUAAUGCAACGGUGAGACGCGACAGCUAUAUUAGGCGCACCGAAAAACCGAAAGGACGAGAGUGAGAGAUAGAGAGAGAGAGAGAGAGAGACAUACAUACAGAGAGAGGGAAGAACCGUCGCCGUGCGAUCGGGUUUUAAUUAAUCGCCGUGCGAUCGGGUUUUAAUUAAUCGCCGUGCGAUUAUAUUCAUUCGGCGAGUCCGCGAGUCGCGAGAAAAGCAGAAGCGCGCGACCCCCCGCCGAAGGCCCUUUCGAGUUUCGCGGUGGGAGUCUCGCGUCGUGAGUCGCGCCGACACGGUGCUAGUCGUGCUCCGAGGCUUCUUAUACGUCACGUGACCGCCGGCGCCGGAGCACACCUUUCCUCCGCGAGGGGCACGCGAUCGCGACAUCACUCGGCAAUUUGACCAUCUACGAAACGUACACACUCCGCGGUCGGUCGGUCGGUCGGUCGCCGCCGCUGCAGUGCACACGCUCAGCUCAGCACGCUCGACGUGGUCUUUCGGAACGCGCGCGUCGGUUCCACCGCGCCGGGUGCGCGCAGAACACGCCACACGACGUGUGCAUGUGGGGACUUGGCGGAAACGCGGGAUAACAAUAUAUAUAUAACGCACACACGCACGUCUACUCCGGAUUUCGCGCCUCGCCGUUUUCGCGGUCGAACGUGUGUGUCGCGUGGUGCACCGCCGCCACCGUCGUCGCCGCCGCCUCCCCGCCCGUCGGGCUCUUUUCCGCGCGGCUUUCCCGUCCCGAUACCGGCGAGCGAGUGAACGCGCGCGCGCGCGCACACGCUCGUAUACGCGCGUCUCUCUCACGUAAUAACCGCGUGUGUGCGCGAAGGGUGUGCGGUACGCCCCGUUGUAUGUCACGCGUGUGCUCUCGCGACGACAAGUAAGUGCCGGCUUGAGAGUUCCGCCCGUCGCAGCACGCGGCUCGAAGAUGGAGAACACGACGUGUCCGACUAACGUGCUGGGGAGCGCGAGCGUGACCGGCUCGACGAUGAUGCUGAUGAUCGCCACGUUGAUCGCCGGCGGGGUCAUCCUCGUGAUCUACUACGCCGUGGGCCGGCGAUCGCGUUCCCGUCAGGACUCGCAGAAAACGGCGUAUUACAGUCAUGAAAUCGUACCAGCAUCAAAAUCGCCCAUGUAUAUACCACCGUCACCAUCAGUACCGAUGCAGCCCCGCGAGUUCGGCAAUAAACGCGCGAAAAACAAGAAACGUCGAGAGGCCCAGCAAGAACGAGUUCUCCCGUGGUCGGUGACUACGCUGAAGGGACACACCGGUCUGGUUAACGACAUGAACUUUUCCAGCAAUGGCAGAUACCUAGCGAGCUGUGCCGAUGAUGAGAGCUCGCGAGAGACGAGAAGGCAUGUCCAGUCCUCCGGGCAGUAUAUGUAUAAGAAAAAAGAGUCCAAGAAGAAGGCAUCUACGCCGCUGCAGACGGACUGCAAGGAAUCGCAGAGCUCCGCGCGUCGCGAAGAUAAAGAGACCGGAAAAGCGUCCAAGAGCAGGAGCUGGGAAUCGUCGAAGUUCCGCUUUCAACAUGGCAAGACGCCGGAGGGGCCUGCGCUCGAGGUGUUCACCAGCGACACGUCCAGCAACGACGACAUCCCGGACGAGAGCCAGCGGCAGAUGAUGUUCGUGAGCGACAUACCCGCUGCCUGUCUGGCGUCCACGUUGAGCAAGUACAUGCUGACACCGAAGGAAUUGUUCGAUCAUGGCUACCCCAUUGAGAUCGAUCCGAUUCUCUAUCCGGGUUACGCCAUGAUAAACAACGUGUCGUACCCGUCGGGCCCCAAGAUCGACAGUGACAGCGGUCAGUACAGCAAUUCCAGCUCGUCCGACAAUUCCGAGCAGGAGAGCUCGUCCGACAACGAGAAGAACUUCGACGGCAAGAACAGUGCCGGUAAGGAGAAGAGCUCGGACGGCAAGAGCAACUCCGAGAAUGAGGAAGGUCGCGACAGUAUGAACAGUUCCGACAACGAGAGGAGUUUGGACGACAAGAAGAGGUCGGGAAACGAGAAGGGUUGCGACAUCGGGAGCAGCUCCGACAGUGAGAAGAGUCCGGACAGUAAGAAGAGCUCCGGAGGCGACAGCAGCUGCGACAGCGGGAGCAACUCCGGCAGCGAGAAAAGUCCGAGCGGCAAGAAGGGCCCCGGACAGAAGAAGAGCCGCGACAGAGAGGGUUUGAACAGCAAGAGACUCGGCAAACGAGAGAAAGGCCACGACAACGAGAGCGGUUUCGACAGCGAGAAGAGCCCGAACAACAGGAGGGGAUCCGGCGGCAGCGCGGAACUAUUGGAGAGGACGUGCGUCAGAUGCGACAAGGUGUUCCACGCCGAUCAGAACGGCGAGUAUCUGAGCGCGGAGCGUUGCGUCUACCACUGCGGCAAGCUCUACAACCGCAUGACCAACGACAGCUGGUACUGGACGUGCUGCAACCAGGCAAGGUUCUCGCGGGGUUGCACCGAGUGGAAGUUGCACGUGUGGACCGGUCUGGUCCCCGGGGUGAACGGGCCGUUCCCCGGUUACGUGCAAACCAGGCCGUCCCCGGUAUUCUCGCACAACAACAACUACGGCGUCUACGCGUUGGACUGCGAGAUGUGCUUCACGCUGCAGGGUCUCGAGCUCGCCCGGGUGAGCCUCGUCGACAUAUACGGCCAGACGGUGUACGACACGCUUGUCAAUCCGAGCGCCGAGAUAAUCGAUUACAACACGAAAUUCAGCGGCCUCACGGAAGCGGAUAUGUUGUACAACGUCACCAAGACCCUACCGGAGGUGCAGACCGACCUGCUGAAUUUCAUCCACGCCGAGACGAUACUAAUGGGCCACGGUCUCGGGAACGAUCUCAAAGCGCUGCGCCUGAUUCACAAAAACGUGGUCGACACCUGUGUGAUGUUCCCGCAUUACCUCGGCCUGCCGUACCGCAACGGCCUCAAGACGCUGGCGCGCAGGGUGCUCAACCAGAAGAUACAGGAGGAGACGCACAACUCGAUCGAGGACGCCCUGGUCGUCAAGGAUCUCGUGCUGCGGAAGGCCCAUUACGAAUGGAACGAGUCUCUUUUAUGGCAGAUGAAUCAUAGAUAAAAUCGUGCGAUACACCUCGAGAAGGGAGGUCAUCUGCGUUUAAAAAAAAAAAGUAAAGAACUUAUUUGACAGAAGGAUUCACGGUGAGAUCAUGUCGCGACUGGAAGCGCGCGUGCCCGUAUAAUUGAUAUAAUGAUUAAUUCGUGUGAGAAGCCAGGGGAAAACCGCGUUCUUUUUUUUUCCUAGUGUUUGUUUCCAGGGGUGAAAUCUGUGAUAUUACACAUAUAGUGCAAUGCGUUCCUCACGUGCGUUCCCGCGUUCCGCUCCUGCUCUCGCCUACCGACGAGAAGAGGGGGUCGCGAUUGUACUCUCGCACACAAUACAUAACACAGACGUAAAACAAACAGCGCGAAUAUACAUGUAACUGACAAUCAUCACGGAGAGAAGUUUACAACAGAUCACGCGCAAAACGUCGAACAUUUCUCGGAGACUUUUAAAUCUGUACUCUAUUUUUUUUUUUUCGUACUCUUUGUACCUUUCAUACUACUCUACGCUCUACUGUCUGUGCUAUAUAUCGCUAUAUGUACUAUACGCCUUUUACCUGACUACUACUAUCGAUCUGAUUACUUUAAUACUUUAUCUCGAACACUCGUUACUUUUAACUUUCGAAUUGAACGACGAUCGGUUUAUUGAUUGAGCACUUUAUAUAUUUCAAAUUUUAUAUUUCAAUUAAUUAUGUUCGACUAAUUAAUCGGAGCCUCCUUUGAAUUUUUAUCUUUCUCCGAUGUGCAUUUUUUUUUUUUAAUAAGAUAUUCGUAUGUGUUUUGUGUUGUAUAUACGUAAUUUUCAUAGCGUUUUAUACUUUGUACAUAUUAUUAUGUCGCAUAUUGGAUCGCAAUUUUGUACUCGCAAAAAAAUAUGUGUAUUCGUAAAAAUCUACGUAUUUAACAUGGA